AUGAGUGUUGGAAAUGUUCAGAAAGCACCUACUGGGCCAAACAAGCCGGCAGAACGGUCAAAAUCCAACGGUGCUGAGGAACCAAAGUCACAGUUCAAUCCAAGGCUGCUGUGGCCGGAUAUGAUCAAGAUACCGGACAAUCCAUGGACUUUUACUUGCAAAGAAGUUAUAGAAAAGCUUGGAACAAACCCGCAGGCUACAGCAGAGAUGAAGCGUUGCAUGGAAAAAUGUCUGAUUUACUUUUACACGGUUAAGAAGAAACUAAACCUGCUUGAUCACACUUAUACCGCUGCCUGUAUCCUGUUCUUCCGCUAUUGGUUCGUUUACGGGCUGCCGCACACGCUCACGGACUGUAUUCACGUUUCUCAGGCUAUCCUGGUGACAGCGUGCAAGACUAUGGAGAACAAUCGACCCAUCGACGCAUACGUGAAGGCGACAUGCGAGUUUCUAGUCAAAGAUUUGAGCGGUUUGAGGACAAAACAGAACAUGGAUAAGCUGCGGUGGGACGUGAGAGACAGACUGGUCGAGAGCGAGAAGGCGAUUUUGUGCUCGUUUGGCUUUGAUCUGAAUAUUGAAAAUCCCAAGGAUCUGAUCGAAGAGAUGUUCAGCGGAUACUAUCGUUUCAACAGAGAUUACGAUCUUCCAGAAGAGUUCAAACUCGUGUUCCCGAAGAUCCUCCAGGAAGCCAGGAACUUCAUCGUUCAGGCGGUGACUCAGCCAGUGUCGCUGCUUUGCGAUGGCUACACGUUCAUUGCGCUGUCGCUUAUAUACUGUGGGCUGCAGUUCAAAAAGCUGGUUGAUAAGGAUUUCAGGUUUCCAGCAAACUUCUUCUCAGACAAGUUCCCCGUAGCGGUCACGGCGCAGAGAUUUGAGGAGAUCUUCACAGAUUAUCGCAUAAUCGAGGAGAAUUUCUUUGAUCUGAAGAGCAACAAGGGAGACAAACUGGAGAUCUCAGCCGCUGACAUAAACAGCGUUAUCCAGGAGCCCGAAGUUCCGGAAGAAUGCCCGUCGGCGGCCGCGAACCCGUAUGAUUAUGAGCUGAUGAAAUCCGGAGAAGUGAAACAGGAGCUGAUAGAUCAUAUAGAGAAGAGGGUGCAGGAGCUAUUCGAUAGAACAGUCAUGGAGGUUAAGAAAAGGUCGUCAGAGAAUCCAUCGGAGGUGGAGCCCGCUGUCAAGAAAGCUAAAAUAUGA